AUGAAUGUAUUAAUAAGAACACUUCUAUCUCGACAAUCUUCACUUUUUACUUGUCGUCGUCUGUUAACUACAGAUAAAAUACGCCGAGCAUUUCGUUCUUCACUUCCAACGGAUAAAGUUCGUUCUUCGAUACGUUCAUCUCCUCUUAAUAAUAAACAAUUUCCAUUUGGAUCUAUCAAUGAAAAAAAUGCCAUUCUCGGAAUAAUUAUUAUUAAUGGAAUUGUUUUUGUUGCAUGGAAUAUCUCCUAUGCUCAUGCUAAAUCAAAUCAUGAUCAUCGUCUAUUAUCGUUUUUGACGAAUAAUUUUAUGGUAUCUUGGGAUGGUGUUGUUCGACACAAUCGUAUAUGGACUCUUGUUACUUCAGCUUUUAGCCAUCUUGAUUUUACACAUUUUUUGAUUAAUAACUUUGUUUUGUAUAGUUUUGGCCCUCUGGUUUUAAAUCAUAUUGGUUUACCAGCAUUUAUUCAAUUAUUUCUUGUUAGUGCAGUUGGUUGUUCACUUGCUCAUAUAUGUUAUCAAGGAUUCUACGAUCGAAGACCUUCUGUGCCAGCCGUUGGAGCUUCUGGUGUUACUAUGGGCAUGACAGUGCUCUACUCAUUUAUUCGUCCAUUUGAUACUGUUCUUCUGUUUUUUGUUAUACCGAUGCCUGUUAUUGUCGGUGUUGGAGCAUUUAUUGCAUAUGACCUCUAUCGAGCUUUAACACAUCGUCAAGGAAACAUUGGUUCAGCAGGUCAUAUAGGUGGUGCCAUAGCCGGUGCUAUGUAUUAUGUUUUGAAAAUUCGUGGACGAUUAUAA